UAGAAGAAAAAGAAGAUGGCGGAGGAGGUACGACGCGUGGAACUUGAUCCGCUUGUGGAGCAAAUUUUAGCACACCCUUCUUUCAGGGAAAGUGUUUCGAGACUUUCAGCCUCUCCUAUGCCACAACGAACAACAAGAAUAUCGUAUAAUACGCCUCAAGAGGAACUGUCCAGUCUGUACAGGAGAAGAGCUGCAAGCAGUGACAGGGAAACAUACCAUCAUCAUCAUCAUGCUGUUGAGGAGAACACCGCCACUACCUCUGUCACAACGACACCAGGGGCUGUUGGAGAAGUCAUGGGUAGUCUCAGCACUCAUAAUCUGGGAAAUGUAAAUUCACCAUCAAGAUUUCGAAGGGGGCAUACAUUUUACCCUAAGUCAACAAAGAAGAACACUAAAAAAUAUCAGAAAAAGUCAUCAGCAGCUGGUAGUGGUGGAAGGAGUCGCAAUAGUGCAAAAUUUAUCACAAAAGAAGUGGUAUUACUACCCGAUAAUAACGAAACGAAAAUUAUUCGAGGUGAGAGAAAAGCAUUACUUAUGGAGCAAGGUUUUAUUCGUAGUGAAUUGGAGCUUGAUAAAAGUUGGGAUGAACGUGAAGUUCAUGAAUUUUUGAAAUCCUCAUUCAAGGCUAAACUUGACCUGUUAGACGAUCCAAAUGUCACAAUAUUAUUGGCAGUGGGUAAUUCUCUGCAAUUACCAUGCCUCAAUGAGAGGCAAAUGCUUGAUGGAGCCAGAAUUUCCAGAUUAUUUUCUCAAAAGAUCAUAUGGCUAAGACCCAGUUGUGAAAUACCAUUUGAAAGUGUAAGGAAACAACCCUUGAUAACAGAUAUGCUGGAACAACAACAGCAAGGAAUAUCAGAUGUUGAAUCGUUGUCUGAUCUUGAGCCUGGAGAUGAUAUUUUCAUGAACAGUUGCUUUGGUAAUAGCUUGAAUGCCUCUUCUGGUACUAGUGAUACUCAUACUGACAAUCAAGUUCCUUCUUCGUCCACUUCCACUGUGACCAACCGUGUACAUGAGCUCCAGAAUCUGGUCGAAGAUCUGCUCGACCAGCAAGCAGCAGAAUUGAAAGUUCCAACAUCAUUACAAGAAGCAUUGGAAACUUUAAAAAAAGAUUCUGAAUUUGAUGCAUCAGUACAACUGAGAAUCCGCUACAAAUUGCAACCAGCAGUAGAUACUGGUGGUGUAUCUAGGCAGUUUUUCAAUGACGUUUUCAAUCAACUUUUAAUUGGUGGAAGUGGUAUACCAGCAUUAUUUGAAGGUCCGACUGGUCGAAAAAUGCCAAUUCAGAAUGCUGCAAUAACCAUUUCUGGUAUCAUGAAUUUGGUUGGAAAGAUAAUAUCCCAUUCUAUUGUUUUAACUGGGAUCGGUCCAGCAUUUUUCUCACCUACUGUGUACAAAUACAUAUGUAGUGGAGAUUUAAACUCAACCAUACCAUUGAUAUCAGUGGAGGAUGCGACUACCCGAACAAGGCAUUAUAUAGAUUUACUGAGCCAAAUCAAUGAUGGGAAUUUCAGUGAUAUUACAUCCGAUGAUGGCUUCAUGGAAUUAUUAAAUGAAACUGGAACAACCGAAAUACUUGAUAUUAAAACAAAGGAAAGCAUCUUACAGAAUAUUCUAUUCCAUGAUGUAAUUGGGAAAAGAACGCUCGUUCUAGACCAAAUUCGAUCUGGUUUGAAAACUUUGAAUGUUCUAGAGAUCGUUUCAAAGUGUGAAGAUUUGUUUUGUCAUUUGUUUGUUGGAACGGAGAUUACAACGCCUACAGAAAUAUUAAACUACCUCCGUUUCAAAAAUGAAAAUUCGCAAGUAGCUGUGUACUUGCGACGCUAUCUAGCAGAUGCAACUCCGAAUACGUUGAAAGAUUUCUUAGCUUUUUCCACAGGAUCGAAAAUGAAAUUGUCAAGAGCACUGAAGGUAUCGGAGCAGCCCUCUGAUGGAGUAUUCGCGCAUACGUGCAUGUACAAACUUGUGUUACCUUCGAGUUUUGAAUCUUAUGAGAGUUUCUGUGAUGUUAUCAAUGCUUCAUUGAGAAAAGGAUCAUCGAAAAGUUUUACAUGUUUGCCCUCGCCUAUGCCUAUGCAGCAACUUAUGGAGUCAUGUACUGGACAAAAGUCACGCUAUAGAGUGUCGUGUUGCAAGGACGCGAUGCGUAACAGAAGGACGCGUUGCGUGAUGGAAAGACGCGCAAACAAGGGCGACGCGGCGUGUAGGAAGAGGGGACGCGUACUUUCGCGCCAUUUGCCUUGGUUACCCGUGAAUAAAUUUCGAAUUUUUUCAAUUGACUGGCAAAUUAAUCAAGACAAAACACGAAAGAAAAAUAUGUGUAGUAGUGAAGGGAAGCAAUGUAGGGCAACGACGACAUUUGUCAACACAGCAACUUUUACUUCCUUUUUUCCUUCCCUUGUAUACACCACCAAUCAACCCCCCUCCCCCUGCAACGAGGAGGGUGCCGAUAAGCCGAAAAAUGUUAUUACACUGCUUGCAUGCUAUUCUGUUAUAAGCAAUGUGCUGUUUUUGUGUAUUGUAAUGAUGGCAAAUUUCUCAAGUUUUGGUUUUCUUCAAGUGACACUGCACCCAUUUUCAAGAAUUUUAAAUAAUGCAGCAAAUAUGUACAAUGUUCUUAUUCGAUUUUCCUUUAAGGAUAUUCUUAAGACAUUUUUAAAUUUUUGUCUUACUAUCGUGAAUAUUUAUCGGCAUGGUUGUAAUUUUCAAAACUUUCAAGCUAAAUUCAUGCAGAAAGUGAAAGACGCUAUAGACAGACUGAAUAAUGCAUUGGAUGGUCUGUCAUCAUCAACAACAAGUACUCAAAAUAAUCCAAAUCAGAACAUCUUCCAGAGUCCAAACUCACAUCCAAGUCCAAACUUACAUCCAAGUCCACAACAUCAGAGAAUUCUACAAGAUUUCAAUAAGCAAUUUCCAGCGUUGAAUGCUGGUGGUAGCCGAUAUCGCCCACAAGCAAAGAAACCACGUCUCUCUAAUAACUUCAUUAAGGACACAUGGACCCAUAAAUUCUGUGCACUGAGCUACAAAGAUACAUCAGUUUCACCUAAUACACGUGAAUUAAUGGAGCUAAACCAAGUUGGUCUCGGAAUUGAAAAAGUUGUUUUUCCUUCCAAAACUGGAACACAUGCUAUGCUUCUGGAAGAGUUAACAAAAGCUUAUCCAAAAUUAUCAUCACAGAGUGGUGGCAUUGAACUUCUGAGGGCUGAGAGUGGUGGAAUAAACCGACCAUUGGUGUUGAUACCACCAAGAAAAGAUGGUUAUUCUAUCAGCUAUUUAAAAAAUUUAGUACCCGGUCACGCUGUAAUAUACAUCAGACCAGUGCAGAGCGACUUACCAAUGGAGGAACCAACUAUGGAUUCAGGUAUUGAAGUUAACUGUGUACGAUGUAAUCAGAAAUAUCCGUUAAAUGAUUUAAGAUUCCAUCAAGCUUAUUGUCAACUUGAUGAUGACAUUUUUCCAGAGAUGAUAGACGAUGAAGCUGGGCCAUCGAAUGAAAAAGAAGUAGGAAGUACUUCUCCCCAUAUCGAUACUUUGUCGGCAAUGUUUCCUCGAAUCUCUAAAGCCACAAUUCAGGACAUUUUACGGAAUACCAAAUCUAUCGAUGUGGCAGCCAAUAUUUUGAGUGAGAAAAGUGCAAGUGAAAAUAUGUCUGACAUGCUGCAAAUUAAAUGUGUAGAUAAGGACAUGUCUUUAAAAGAAAUUCUCAAUCAAAUUACAUCUCUUGCUUCAGAAAAUGAUACAAUCACUUUGGAAAUUGAACGUGACAAUCUUUGGAUGGAAUCCUUGAGAUUUUACAAAAGGAACCUUGUGAAUUCUCAAGUUAUGACCAAAAAAUUGAUCAUUGAGUUUAAAGGAGAGGACGGCCUUGAUGGUGGGGCAAUGAAAACCGAAUAUUUCAACCUUUUGUUAGAAGAAGUUAAAAAUCGUCUAUUUGAAGGUGAAAAUAACAGUUUGUUGCCUGUGAAAGACAUCACAAAAGCUGUGCUUUUCAAAGUUGCUGGUAUGAUUAUCGUACAUUCAUUGAUUGCUGGUGUUGACACCGGCUUCCCAGUAUUAGCAAAACCAUACUUUUUACACAUGUGUGGUAGAGAUACCGACAGUUUGAUUGAAAGUUUGAAUAAAAGCCACAUACCAGCAAAUGCAACAACUGAAAAUUUGAUUGAAUUGAUUGAAUCACUUGAUCAAUGUAAAACAAAGGACGAUAUAGACAAACUGCUUUACAAGGACAAUCAGAAGCAAGAUGUGUUUUGGUCACUUAUUAAUUCUGCGCAUUGGCCUGCCGACAAGAAUAUUAACAAAGAAAAUGUCCCAUUACUGGUUCAACAACUCAUUUUGAAUGAUGUGAUAUUGUCACGCCGAAACUCUUCAGACAUGUUAUUCGAAGGUUUGAGCUCGUGCAAUUUCUUGAAUACGAUUCGGUGUCAUUGGAAAGUUAUGGAUCAAAUAUUUUGUGCUGGUUAUCGCAUGAUUGAGAGUAAAGAAUUUAUCAAAUGUUUUAGUUUUGACGAACCAACUUCCUUCGUGGAGACACAGGCAAAGAAAUUUUUUCUGUCGUUUAUUGAAAAAAGUGACAGUAUGACAUUGAGUAAAGUACUUGCCUUCUGUACUAGUCAUACAGUUGUUCCACUGGAUGGUAUGAAAAAUGAAAUCAGAGUGAAAUACAUGUCGGAUGAUGAAAAAAACAGUAUGUGCAAAUCCUCUGCAUGUUUAAAAAUAAUCUACCUACCUACAGUUCAUUCUGUAGAAAAGGCGUUUCACAAUAUGUUGGCAACAGCUUUAGCAUGUGAAUCAAAGGGAUUCGCAAAUCCAUGAUAAUUGUAAAUUUUUAGGGGCACUAACGAGUUUAUUUUUUUCCUUCAAGGUGAUCGAUUUUUAGCUUAUGUUGUCAUUGUUCUUAUUAUGUUGUCAUUGAGAAAAAAUGCCGAUUUUUUUUCUUUUUCUUCCAAAAUAUGCCUCACUUCUAUAAAACUGAUUUUUUUUCUGGUGGGGGGGAAUAUAAAAAUCCUGUCAGUCCUAUGCAAGAAUUCUUCCAGUGAUAUACAUACUUUUAAUGAUCAGAUUGAUUAUGAUUAGUCUCGAAUUUAUGACUGACUUGUACGCUCCUUGAAGUCUAUAUAUACUGCACAUGCAUUUAUAAGUUCGUCUUUUUGUUGUUCUAUUUUGUUUGUUUUCUAACUUUUAUAUGGAAAAGAUGUAUGGUUAUAGUCGUGAUCAAGUUACGCAUUGCAUUAUCAUUCAGCUGUGCUAACCAAGAAGAUAUUUUUCUUUUCUUUUUAUUUCACAAGGGUUAUGUUUGUUAUUUUGUUCUUUAUGUGAAAAAAUGUUCUACUUAUAUACGGUCGACUCACUCAGAGAAAGUUAUUUAAAAACAGAACUGUUAUCGUUAAGUAACUUUUAAACAUAUUUCGAACAUUUUGGAGGGAAUUUCGUCUGGCAUUUUUAGGAUUUAUUGUAUGAUUAAACAAACAAGUGGUUUUGUUGACAUUUCGUGUACUUAUGCAGUACUUUUAUUUUUCAGAAUAUAACAUGAAUAUACAACAAUUGA